GACCUUAAUAUAUAUCCCAUUGCCAGUUGGAUGCGAAGCAGUCAUUUAAAACGCCCCAGGAUAGGAAAAAACAGCCAGGAACCUGAACCUGAAACUUCCCAAGGAGAUAAGGCAAAUGCUCUUCGUGUGUCAGAAAACAGGCUGGAACUUCCUGCCCACACAUCUGAAAGCUCUGAAGACUUAGUAGAAGUACCUGAGGAGAACACUUUUGAGAAGAAUGAGGAAAUGAUUGUUGAAAAUGAGGGCCAGUCUGUAUCAGAAGCAGAGCCACAUGCGUUCCCCCCUGAGAAAUGGAGUGAAAAGGAGGGAACUCCAUCAGAACCUCUUAAUGGUGAGGUAACAGAAGAAACUGGUAAGACCUCACUGAUGGCUGAAGAGGAAACAGCAAAUGAAGUUCUAAGUGCUGAAUCAAAAUUGCAGUCUGAGAGUCAAGGAGAAGAACCCUUAACACUGUUUGUUCCACUAAUCAUUGAGUCUCCAGCAAAACCUUCAGAAGACCCUGUAUCAGAGAAGGUUUUAAAUGCAAAUAAUUCCGAAGUGCUGACUGAAGAAAGUACAUCAGCAGAGAAGGAGGGCACUGAAGAACAGCAAGAAUCUGAAAAGACCACCACUGAAAAUGCAGCUGCUUUGGCAUUGAAGGAAGAGCCCUCUGACAAUGGCCUGCCCAACUCUAUGGUAUCUGAAGCAGUAGAAGAAUCUGUUUCUGAAAAUGUAUCGCCCAAAACAGCUUCCUCAUUGGAAGAUCAAAAUGAGGAAGCAGGGCACAACUCACAGGAGGCCCCUGUUGCCUUGAGUCAGAGCUCUUUAAUAGUGGUUGAACUUGAGGGUGUUUCUUUUCAGCAGCCUUCUGUACAGGAAGGACAGAAGAAUCAGUUGGAAGAGCACUUAGAAGAGUCUGCUGAGCAGACGGAUCAAUACAUGCAGACAGCAGCGGAGCGGGCUGCUGACAGCAGCUCUGAGGAGGCAGAAAUUGAGGUACCCAUUGUAGAUCGGAGAAACUUGCGAAGAAAGGCCAAAGGCUACAAAGGUCCACCCAAGAAAAAAGGAAAGCCAGCUUAA